AUGAAGAAUAAGACGAAGAAGAAGAAGAAGAAGAAGAAGAAGAAGAAGAAGAAAAGGAGGAAGAAGAAGAAGAAGAAUGUGCACGGUAAAUAUGGUUCGUUCAUAAAGUCUGUCAACCCGAGAUUACCCUGUCCCCAGUCCCGACCAGUCCGGGCCACUUGCUGGCAGGGCCAUUAUAUCGAUUAA